AUGUCAGGAGAAGACGAGUUCUACCUGUUUGAGAAUAUCUCCUCGGUGGGGCCCUGGGAUGGGCCCCAGUACCACAUUGCUCCCGUCUGGGCCUUCCACCUCCAGGCAGCCUUCAUGGGACUUGUCUUCUUUGUAGGGACCCCGCUCAAUGCCACAGUGCUGGCGGCCACACUGCAUUACAAAAAGUUGCGGCAGCCCCUCAACUACAUUCUGGUCAAUGUAUCCCUCGGGGGCUUCCUCUUCUGCAUCUUCUCUGUCUUCACUGUCUUCAUCGCCAGCUGUCACGGAUACUUCCUCUUUGGCCGCCAUGUUUGUGCUCUGGAGGCCUUCUUGGGCUCUGUAGCAGGUCUAGUGACAGGAUGGUCGUUGGCUUUCCUGGCUUUUGAGCGCUACAUUGUCAUCUGUAAGCCCUUUGGCAACGUCCGCUUCAACUCCAAGCAUGCACUGAUGGUGGUCCUGACCACAUGGACCAUUGGUAUCGGCGUGUCCAUCCCACCCUUCUUUGGCUGGAGCAGGUUCAUCCCCGAAGGCCUGCAGUGCUCCUGUGGCCCGGACUGGUACACAGUGGGCACCAAGUAUCGAAGCGAGUACUACACCUGGUUCCUCUUCCUGUUCUGUUUCAUCGUGCCUCUCUCCCUCAUCUGCUUCUCCUACUCACAGUUGCUGAGGACUCUCAGAGCUGUGGCAGCUCAGCAGCAAGAGUCAGCGACGACCCAGAAGGCGGAGCGGGAGGUGAGCCGCAUGGUGGUGGUGAUGGUGGGAUCCUUCUGUCUCUGCUAUGUGCCCUAUGCUGCCCUGGCCAUGUACAUAGUCAACAAUCGUAACCACGGGCUGGACUUACGGCUCGUCACUAUCCCUGCCUUCUUCUCCAAGAGCUCAUGUGUCUACAAUCCCAUCAUCUACUGCUUCAUGAAUAAGCAGUUCCGGGCUUGCAUCCUGGAGAUGGUGUGCAGGAAGCCCAUGACAGAUGAAUCCGACAUGCCUGGCUCUCAGAAAACAGAAGUUUCUACUGUCUCUUCCAGCAAGGUUGGCCCUCACUAAGGACCCUCAAUUGGCCUGCUGGUGGCAAGCAGAACACCACAUUUAGUCUCUACAUUCUCCAUUUAAACCCUAACACAGGGGAAGGAUGGGAAGGGGAGCAGUGGCACUCCCGGCAGUCAGUCUCAUUUCCUGCUGCUGACUUCCUGUCAGCGAGGCUGCUGUUCGGUUUCUACUCCUAAGUGGCACUUCACUCCUGGAAAACUGUGAGAGAAAGGGCUGUUUCUGGUGUAUGGGUAAACACUUUCUUUUUCAGUCAUUUUUCUUCCCCCUUGCUGGACCUGAGAUGAUGUCUUGUGUUAGAGUAAGCAAAGGGGCAGUGGGAAAAAAGGCCGCGACCACCAAGCACCUACAGAGAAUUUACAAUUACUUACCAAUGUGAUGUCUCCCAGCUGCUGCAGCCUAGGCUGUGGCGGCCAUGGCCAGAGCUGCCUCAGCUCACUCAACUCAACAGAAUUAUUCUAGGCGUUCUCCUCCACUUGGCUACAUGAAUGUAUCCACUUAAAGCUGUGCAUUGAUUAAAGUUAGAGCUUUAA